CUCGGAUUGAGGAUUGGUAUGACUCGAUACAAUGGGGGAAUUUAUAAAAGACUCGGAAAUCUGAUUGAGCAUCUAGACAAACUAAAAAGAAGACAACCAGCCGGGAAGAAGCUAAAUUAUACACGGUAGGGAAUCAAGCAAGCAAUGGCCGAACACGACUACAUCGCCGUCAACAAACGCAACUGGGACGAGCGAGCGCCAGAGCACGCCAAAUCCCCCGACUACGCCUACAAAGCCCUCAUCGCGCAACCCACCCUCCUCUCCGACGUCGUAACCUUCGACAUCCCCCUCCUAGGCAGCAUCGAGAAUCUCGCCAUCGUGCACCUGCAAUGCCACAUCGGCACCGACACGCUCUCGCUCGCCCGCCGCGGAGCCAAAAGCGUCACAGGACUGGACUUCUCGCCUGCUUCUCUGGCUGAAGCGCGACGCCUCGCAGCUGCUACGCAGGGAAGCGGAGGGGAGAAGUUAACCUUCGUCGAAGCGCCGAUUUAUGAAGCGCUGACUGUUUUACCGGAAGGGGGAUUCGAUCUCGUUUUCACGGGUAUUGGCGCUUUAUGCUGGAUCCCGUCCAUCGCGCGGUGGGCGGGCGUAGUCCACUCGCUCCUCAAACCCGGCGGCCGGCUGUUCAUCCGCGAAGGACAUCCCGUUCUGUGGGCCAUGGACGAGCGCGUCACGUCGGCGCUGCAGAUUGGCUUUCCGUAUUUCGAGCGCGAGGAGCCGAUGCUUUUCGACGACGGGACGACGUAUGUGGCUGUGGAGGAGGGGAAGGUGUUUGAGGCUAGUAAGGCGGUGGAGUGGAAUCAUGGGUUGGGGGCCAUUGUGCAGGCGUUGUUGGAUGUGGGAAUGCUGGUUACGGGGUUGGUGGAGCAUCAGAGUGUACCGUGGGAGGCGUUGCCUGGGCAGAUGGUUAAGCUGGAGAAUGGAGAGUUUGAAUUGAAGGAGGACAAGGAUCGAUUGCCGCUUACUUAUACUCUGCAGGCGGUGAAGAAAGGGUGAGGUGGUAGAAGUGGAAGGA